AAAAAUGGUUCGAAUUCGUGUUUUGAAAAUAUUUCUGAAGAAAAUACAUGUAUUUAGAUUUUAAAAUCUGACGGAUUCAGUCAGUUGUUUCGUUGUUUGUUUCUUCUUUUCUUUACGAGUGCGUCCAGUAAGAUUCUUAUGAAAUAUUUUGUAUUUGUAUUCAACACGUGUUACGGCUGUUCAUUGAUUUUGUAAAAAAUCAAUGCUAAUGUGUAAUAUGGAUUAACUUUUCGCCAUCGUUGUUUUGUUUGCGAUUCGAUCUCCGAAGCUAAAGCUAAUGUACGUCGCCGUUUUCAGCCCUUAUCGAAUGGCGGAAAGUUUUAUAUCCUUGGACUUUCAACGAAUUAUAAUCACCUAAUAUUGGCAAACUUACCCACUGCGUGGUUCAUUUUUGGUUUGAAUUUAGCGGGGUCUCAUACGCUCCAAUCACUUAUAAGUAAAUUUGUAACGCUCGUUGCCGUGUCAGCGCAAUAUUAACGUAAAAUGUUGUCCAUCAUGCGAAGUAAAACUAAUGUAUUAUCGAAAACAUGCUUUUUGAGUCUCAAACAGGGUUGGAAAUGCCUUGCACUUGAAAAUCGUAUUUGUACAGACGUAGAUUCCUCGGAGAAAAAGAUCCAAAAAGAAUACGAAGCGCUCGUUGAAAAUUAUGACGGAAAACCUUUUCAAGAUCUACCCGUAAAAACUUUAGUAAAAAUCAUUAUAAGAGAAUUUGCAGAGAUUAAAAUACUAAAUAAAUCGUGUGAAGCAACGUUAGCGCAACGUACAGAAAAAUUGAACUGUGCAUUGGUAGAAUUGGAAACGUUACGAAAGCAACGACGAUUACUCGUGCAAGGUCAAAUUAUAAUGAAGAUACUAAUCGAAAAAAAGCUCUUGAAACAUCGACAAACCAAUAGUAAAAAGUGGGUGAAAAUUCCAAUCGACACCAGAAAUAAAAUCGAUCGUAUUUUAAGAGAGAGUGAUGAAACGGCCUGUCCUAUUGUUGAUCGAAGGGAUCCGAACAUAAGUGGAAAUGACUCUCUAGUGUAGGAUGAAAUUGACUCGUUAAUUCUAGUAAUUAAAGGAAACGUUUGAAUUUUUUACAUUUAAAAUUUUUUUUAAAAUCUAUUAGUUGGUGUCUACCUAGAAAACAACGAGCAACAGCGCGAAUCAAAAAAUUGUGUUGGCUGGUGUUUUCUCGAAUUUUGUUUGUCUUUGUUGCCUCUUAUGUAAACAGUUGAAAAGGGAUGUUUUCCCCACAAUUUUGAAUCAUUUGUAGGAAUUUCAAAACGUUAAUUUUUUACUUACUCGUAUUGAAUCUUAUUUUAUUUUUUUAUUUACCAUCGUUUCAAGUGAUCAUUUUUAAAUUCAAAUAUUUUUUCCAUCGUUUUUAAUUUCUAUUUACUUGAAAUAUUCAUUGAUCGUAUAGGUAUUUUAAUAUUUUCUUCGUGUAAUCUGAUUUCUUUAAUAAAUUAAAAUAUUUUAAUGGAA